GCAUAUUAUGUUUUAAGAUAAGACUUAAUCCAUCAAAACAUGGAAGAAGAAAUUCCUAAUUUCAUAAUAGAGAAGAAUCAAGUAUAUCACCGCCAAAACAGAGAAGAAGAAGAAGAAGCAGCACAGCAGCUUCGCAUGUAGCACAGCCCCCAUACGCCAUGGAUGUAUAGAAAUAUCCUUCUGUAAGGCUCCAAACGGUUAAAAGUCUCUCCCAGACUGCAAUUAAAUUAAAUAUUUUGGUAAGGUCUUUUUAUAUACCGACAGGAUCCUGCAUUUGUUUUUUAUAAUGUAUGUAUGAAAGAAAGGCGCUUGCCAGUUGCCCUUAUGUUCCUGACAAAACAUUUCCCACCUUCCUUCGGCUCGGGGAUCGGAGAAACAACGCCAUGACAAUUCCUUGAACUAUUCAGUCGUUCAAAUUUGUCCAAGACGACCCAUUUCGCCGCUCAUCAGCACGGUCCAACAAUCCCACUAUGCCGUCCUUUACCCGCCCAUACCCCUCUCUUUCUCUAUCUGAAAUUCAAUUCAACAUCAGUUUUGACCAAUGUAACAGCGAGGAGGGUUUAAAUCUGCCGUGCGAAUUUGCUUUCGCUUCAUCAGAUUCCUGAAUCGAAGACGGGAUUUUUUUUUUUGUUUUUGAUUCGAAUAAUUGGGUUUGUGGGGUUUCAAGAUGAGCGGAGGAGCUAAACAAUCACCCGAAGUUCAGAACAUCAGAGAUUUAGUGUGCCACGCCGGGGCGGGUGCCGCUGCAGGUGCCAUAGCUGCCACUUUUGUUUGCCCGUUGGAUGUGAUCAAGACAAGACUGCAGGUUCAUGGCCUUCCUGAAAUGGCCCAUUCGGGUCCCAGAGGUAGUGUCAUCAUUACAACUCUACAAAACAUUGUAAGAACUGAGGGUCUGAAGGGAUUGUAUCGUGGCCUUUCACCAACAAUAGUGGCACUACUUCCAAACUGGGCUGUGUACUUCACAGUUUAUGAGAAACUCAAAUGCCUACUCCAGACACACGUGGAUACGAGCAAUCAACUUACAAUAGGUGCAAAUAUGAUUGCUGCUUCUGGUGCAGGGGCUGCCACUUCUAUUGCAACAAAUCCAUUGUGGGUUGUCAAGACCAGACUCCAAACGCAGGGAAUGAGGCUGGAUGUGGUCCCAUAUAAAGGCAUAUAUUCUGCUCUGAGAAGGAUUGCACGUGAGGAAGGAGUACGAGGAUUAUACAGCGGCCUUCUGCCCUCAUUAGCUGGGAUAAGUCAUGUUGCCAUCCAAUUUCCAGCAUAUGAGAAGAUGAAGUCAUAUUUAGCAAAAAGAGAUAAUACUACCACAGAAAAGCUAAGUCCUGGAAAUCUUGCAGUUGCCUCUUCGGCAGCUAAGAUACUGGCUUCUGUGAUGACUUACCCACAUGAGGUUGUGCGAUCGAGGCUGCAAGAGCAAGGGCAAGCCCGAAACCACAAGAUUUAUUAUGCAGGUGUUAUUGACUGCAUGAAGAAGGUUUUCCAAAAGGAAGGUCUUUCCGGUUUUUACCGUGGCUGUGCAACUAAUCUAUUGAGAACAACUCCAUCUGCUGUCAUUACAUUUACCAGUUAUGAGAUGAUGCAUAGAUUUUUUAAGCGGGCUCUGCCUCCAGUUGAGAAGCAUUCACAAGCCCAGACUAGAUCUGGUGGCCAUGUCAAACCCCAGCAGGGAGAAAAUGGAGGGAGUAGCAGAGAAGGUGAUAACUCAAUUCUGCAGUGCUCACAAGUCCAAUCCAGUAAGAGAACUUCAUCUCUUCCCCUGGGAAAUGAGGAGCAGCUAGCAGCAAGGCAAUGAUUUUAGAUGUUUCUUCAUUUGUUUUUUGGUUUUUUGUUUUUCCUCCCAGCCUGUCGCUGAUGAGAGAAUUUAAUCAUAUUGAAAUGCAUAAGGCCAAAGUGAAUACAGAUAAUUGUAAUUGUUUCUUCUUUGUAACUCAUUGCCUGUUUAGGCAGUUGGAUUUAGUUCAAGUAUAAAAUGCUUUCACCA